GAUUCUUCCAAGGACACCAAGUUUCUUAUUCCUUUUCCUUUCUCUAAACCAUUUUCUGUUUUUGACAAAACUUAAACCGAACAACCUUCUUCUUCUUCUUCUUCUUAAUAAUAAUACAAACAACAAAAGAUUAUUUGUCUCUUAGAUUUCUCAGAUUUGACGCGUAAUACUAACAAUGUGCCCAUUGAGGCUGAUUCUGGUAUUCCUCUCCGCCACUCUUGCCGGUUUUUUUGUUAUAAAAAACCUCAAGUCCCGCCCUUUCUCCGCCAGCACCGACACUGGAGAUGAUGACAAUUCCACCACCACCACCGACAGCAACAAGAAUUCUCCUCAUCACUCUGAUUCUUCUUCUUCUUCUUCUUCUUCUCGGUUCUCAAAGGUAAAGUCAGGGGUGGAAAUGGGGUUUUGGACAUUGGUAGAUAUGGCAAAUGGGAAAUACUUGUGGAGGCAAUUGGGUUUUUCCUCAAAACGUGAAAGUUGAUUGCUUUUUGGAGUUUUUGUUUCUGUAGGUAAUGGAAUUUACAAUUGUGUUCAGGUUUUCAUUUUUCUACUAAUGGUUGUGUGUUACUGCAAUCCAAUUGGAAAAAAUAGACCCCAUUUGGAAAUCGUUGUUGUUGUAUUGGUUGUGGAAUUGUAACUUGUAAAGUAAUAUUAGCAUUUAGUAAGAAUGAAAGAUCAGUACUUUGUACUAUUAGCAUUUAAUAAGAAUGAAAGAUCAGAACUUUGUGGCUUUUAGAUGUUGUGUUGAUCUUUAGUGGUUUCAUUUAUGUUGUAGCGGUGGUGAGAUUCUGUUCUUGUAUUUGUAGUAAUGUUGCUGUUGUUGUAUUGGUGAUGAAAUUGUAAUUACUAGGACUAGCAUUUGGUAAGAUUGAAAGGUCAAACUUUUUGGCUUUUA